AUGUCCAGCACCAGCACCCAAAUUCAACUCAGCGACGGAGCAAAGCUUCACGUUUGGCUUCUCGGUUCCGAAAACAAGAACAAGCCACUUGUUAUUGUUCUUCACGGUGCCCCGGGACUAUCCAGUCACACAUCGACUGAGUCUGCCUACAAGUUCCUUGCUGAGAAAUUCCGUGUGCUUGUCUACGAUGCUCGGGGCAGUGGUAUUAGCGACAUCAAGGGCCCCUUUACUGAUGAGCGUUGGAUUGCCGACGUUGAUGAGCUCAGGGCGUGGGUGGGAGUGGAGACAUUCAUCCUGGCUGGAUAUUCUUACGGAGGGUUUCUCGCGCUGAGCUACGCCUUGACCUUUCCCAACCGUCUCUCUGGCUUGAUCCUGCAGAAUACAUGGGCAUGCGGGCCAUUAGGAACCCAUCGAGUCCUUGCCUCACUUUUGACUUCGAACCGUAUCAAGCCGGAUCCCGCUCGACAGGCCAGGCUAUGGUCUGGGAACGUCAGGGACAAGGAGGACGCCGAACAAGGUCUCGCCGAGAUCAUCGCCAUUUAUACCCCCGAGAAGGAUGAACCAUCAUCAGAGCCACCAUCAUUUGAUUCAUUCGAGAGCACAGGUGGCGAGUCUCGUCUGCACUGGGAAGUCCACAACGCGGCCUUUUCGUUCAGCCAACCUCGCUUCGAUUUGUAG